CAUCUUCUGCUGUUAAACACUUAAUCUUAUACUUUGGUUAAGAAAUAAUUUAUAUAUUCUUUCGGUCAAAUAUUAAGUUAAAAUAAUCAAGACAAUUCUGUCAAAGUUUACAAAGAGUUUAUCAAUUCAAAAUAAUCGGUGAUAUUGUGUCGUUUUAAAUCUUUUCGAUUUAUUGUAAGGAUUGUAUGAAAAUGAUUUUGUUUGUUGUAUCCAAUUUAUCUCGACUUACAAAAAAUUUGCUUCCUUUACAAUAUUAUAUUCAAUCAAAAAAUUAUGCAUUACCUGGGAUAGGAGUGGCAAAAGGCAAAAAAAUUACUAAAGGAAAAGGUCCAAUUGCAGAAAAGAAAGUUUUGCCUGUAGAGCAAGAUACUUAUAAACUUGUAAAAUAUUGCUGUGGAACAAACAUUUUAAAAGAAGGAGGACAAGAUGUUGAAUUGAAACCUGAUUCUGAGUAUCCUGACUGGUUAUGGACUAUUCGCACUGGACCACCACCACCUCUUGAAGAACUUGAUCCAAACACAAAAGAAUACUGGAGACGGUUGAGAAGAUUAGGUAUCAAAAGAGACAAUAAAUUGAAAUCUCUUAAGAAAUGGUAGUGUAUGCAAUAAUGACAAUAUAUUUGAUAAUGAGCAAGCAGCAUUUAAAAGAAAAUUUUUGUAAACACGUUUCUGUUAUUCUUCUGUACGAACCAUUCAAUUUAUGAAUGUUCUUUAACAGGACCGUAUAAAUUGUAUGUACAUAUUUACUCUUAAUGAACAUUGUUAUCAAUCACACAUCUGCAAAAUGCUGUAUUUCUAUAAAUAAAUACAUUUUAAGUAUUUUUAAACUAGGAAAGGUAUUUAUUUUAUUUGAAAAUAAA